AUGGCCUCGAAACUCGCUCCCUCCUUCUUCAGAUCGGCCGUCAGGUCAGCGUGCCGGACUGCGCGGCCACAGUUCCGCGCGCCCGCCGCUGCCGCGGCAAGAGCAAGCAGCACCCUACAAGUGCACCGCAACACCCCCAACAAUAACCCGGACGUCCCCUUCAAGUUCACCAAGCAGAACGAGGCCAUCAUCUCCGAGAUCAUCAAGCGCUACCCCCCGCAGUACAAGAAGGCGGCCGUCAUGCCCCUGCUCGACCUCGGCCAGCGCCAGCACGGUUACACUUCCAUCAGCGUCAUGAACGAGGUCGCCCGCAUCCUCGAGAUGCCCCCGAUGCGCGUCUACGAGGUCGCCACCUUCUACACCAUGUACAACCGCACGCCUGUCGGCAAGUUCUUCAUCCAGGCCUGCACGACGACACCCUGCCAACUCGGAGGCUGCGGCUCCGACGCCAUCGUCAAGACCAUCAGGGAGCACCUAGGCAUCGAGCAGGGCGAGACCACCCCCGACGGCCUCUUCAGCUUCCUCGAAGUCGAGUGCCUGGGCGCCUGCGUCAACGCGCCCAUGGUCCAGAUCAACGACGACUACUACGAGGACCUCACCCCGGAGACCACCCGCCAGCUCAUCGACGCCCUGAGGGCCAGCGUCACCGGCACCGGCCCGGACGCCGUCGUCGACCACGCCAAGGUCCCCCAGCCGGGCCCCAUCAACUCGGGCCGCAAGACCUGCGAGAACAGCAGCGGGCCUACCAACCUGACCAGCGAGCCGUGGGGCCCCGAGACUACGAGACCCGACCUGUAAAUAGCCGGGGGGUGGGGAGGUGUGGGGACCGAAAGAAGUAGGUAAAUGUGGACAGGGAAUUCAUCGUGGUCCCAUUGUAGGUUACAGCAGACCUGGAGAAGAGAGGAGGUAUGGUAGGGGAGCUAGAGUCGGGGGCGAAGGGGAGGUCGAAGAACGAGGGACCACUCUUUCAUAGAGGCGGACAGGAAGGGAUUGUAUAUAGCAACGCAGGUUGAGCGUGGUUAUUUGGGAAAUGGGAAACGACGACGCCUAGAUUUCAUUUGUUUUUCCAUUGUGUUUUUUCCGUUUUCCUUUCAUUGAUCGCAUUGCAUGCCAUCGUGUACAAGAUGGCCAAUCAAGGAAGACCCCCAAAAAGAAGGGGGGGAAAAGAAAAAGAAAAGAAACUCCAGAUGUUAGUUUGUAAAUCGAUCCUAGUAUGUCAGGGGGGAAACCCCAAAUCCAAGCCGGCGAACCAGACGCUUUCG